ACUCCGGGCGGGCCGUUCAAGCCCAAGGAGGUAAAGGCAGCGGCCCCACGCGAAGCUGGCGUGGGGGUUGCCAUAGCCCGCAUCCCAGGGGGCGAGGCCGAGGCUCCUCCCCGGCGCAUCCAGCGGCUGCUGCCCGGCUCCCCUCCUACCUGUCUGCUUCGGCGCCUCGCCCGGCCCCUCGGCCUCCAGGCAGGCGGCGGGGGGACCCCAGGCGAGUGCCCGUUAGCGGGUCUCCCGGCGGCCCGGCCCCGCGUCCCCCUGUGUCUUCCAGGUGCUGGGCCUAGGGAGGCGCGCGGCAGCCCUCACUCCUCCGCUCCCGGUGACGCCAGCCCAUCCCCUGCUGCCCUUGGCUUUCUGAGCCUAGCGGAUCUUUGACGCCUUGGUGAGACCGUUACCCACCCGCCCGCCAUAGCUCCUCGCAGGAGUCAGUGCCAGGCCCCAGCACACACUGCCUUUUCAGGAACCCGAAUUUGGGGAGUUUACUCAUGUCUAAGUCCAGCUGGAGAAAACAAGGAUAUUAAGAUAGCUAUUUUCUGAAGGGCUGAAGGAAAUUCAAAAUGAUUUAGACCUUCUCAAGUGUUAGGAAUAAUCCCUGCGGCAUGCACCCUGUGUACCUUUCGACUUUGAGCAAUCACGAUGCUGCUGCACCUUUCAAUUAAUUGUGCAAACGAAAGUUUUUCUCUUUAAGUGGCAUUAUUUUGGCAUGAAUUUUAAAGACAAAGAUGAGAGAAUUUCUUGUGUGGAAGCCUACGUAACUUUGACAUCUAAGAGCUCAAGAUUUUACUGAUGCCAAUAAAUAGAUCUUCCUAGGAUCUUUUAAUGGAGAAAAAUUGUGCAUUUGUCCUGGAGAAAACUUUGAAGGAAUGACAGUCUUCUUCAUGUCCUUUGAAUCAUCUGGAAAAAUAUCAAAAAAGAAACAGAGAUUUUGAAGAUGUCACAAAGGCACUCAGGUCAAGCUGGCACUGAAGCAGGAAAUGGGAUGGACUCUCCUCCAAUUGUCAACUCCAAGUACUCCACAUUCAGAGAUUUUUGUUCCACGUCUUCAUUUCAAGAUAGUGGCUACAAUGAGUUAAAAUCUGGUAGCUUUGAUAAUAUAGAUAAAGAAUAUCUUGGAAAGAAAGAAAAAGGCCCAACAUUACUCUAUGAGCACCCUGAAACUUCAGGCCUGGGCUUAACACAUCCUUUAGAGUCUCCCACUCAAAAAAAGAAAUGUAUCUUGCCUAGGAAGGAAAAGGAUAAAACCCCAGAACUUUGUGAAACACCUAAAAUCAGAGGGAAAAAAUGUUUACCUCGCAGAAGUUUGAAUGUAUCUUUUGCUCGUCUAAAGGGGGACUUUGAAUCACAAAAUAGUUCUUUAGAAAGUAGUAUAAGCCAAGUUAUCAACUUAGAAAAAAAUAUUCCAAGCAGUGCUUCAGGUUUUUCCAGGGCAAAUAAUUUUAGCCCUUUAGUUACUAGCACUUUAAAAACAGAAGAAGUGACUUCAUGCAGUCAAAAAUUGAGGCUUAAUUUUUCUCAGCAAAAGACUUCGACAAUUGAUGAUUCCAAAGAUGAUUGUAGCCUAUUUGAAGUUGAAUGUAUAUCUCCAAUUCAGGGCAAUAAUUUUAAAGACUCUAUCACACAUGACUUUAGUGAUAGCAGUUUAUGCAUUAAUGAUGAGAAUGCAUGUCCAGAGCUCCUGGGCUCCUCUGUUAGUGGAACAACUUGUGGAACAGACGAGGACAUAUUUGUGACUCCGAUAAGUAAUCUUGUGGCAAACAUUAGAUUUAAUGCAAGUCAAAUUUCUCCUUCACCUGAAGUGAGAGGCAAUAUUUCAACGCCUGAAGACAGUGGUUUUAACUCACUUAGCUUGGAGAAAUCAGAAGAUUCCCUCUCUGACCAGGAGGGUUCUUUUCAAGAACUACUGCAGAAACAUAAGGGGACUCCCAAAGUUGGGAACACCAUAAGAAAGACAAGACAUCUUGGAAGGUCGAGAAGACUGUCCACCCUUCGGGAGCAAAGCUCACAGUCAGAGACGGAAGAGGAAAAGCAGAUUGUCCACCCUGACUCUGAAAAAAGAGCAGCAGCUGCUUCUGCCAUCUCAGAGGGUCAGCUGAGUAGUGAUGAGAGUGGGGAUUUGACCUUUAGCUUAAAGAAUUUAUCAAAGACUCCAGCCUUGCAAUUGGUACAUGAGCUGUUCAUGAAAAGCAAGAGGAAAAGAUUCCAGGAAAAUAGUGGACAUGAAUUCUUAGAGCAAGGGGAUGGGGAGAAAAUAGCUGUACUGCAGUGUAUACUUGCAGGACUGAUUGGCAAGAAAAUGGGUAUAGAAAAACUGGACAUCUUAACAGAAUUAAAAUAUAGAAAUUUAAAGCAUAUUCUUGCUAUGGUUUUAGAUUCCUUGACUGCAGAGAGCCUAUGCAGUGUUUGGAAAGUAAGCAGAAAUUGGCGUGAAAUUGUUGUUCAAGAUAAAAAUGCAAAUCGGAGGAGGAAAUUUUAUAUUGCACAACUGAAAACAGAUUCUGAGGGGGCUGUAUUAAAUGUCGAGGAUGCUGCUACUCGGCUCCAGCUUUUAAAUCGCUCAGCUUUAAGAUCUGUGCAGGCACAGGCUAGGAUACCUGGUUCUCAGAGAGAGCAAGGGUCAACAUUAUCUCCCUGGGGAGAAGUUUUGACACCUCUAGCAAGCUCUUCUGUUACUCACUUAAGUAGUAAACAGGAAGAAUAUGUUAAGGUUGCCAAAACACUUUUUACUGAUGAAGCAUUAAAACCUUGCCCAAGGUGCCAGUCCCCUGCUAAGUACCAGCCAUAUAAGAAAAGGGGACUGUGUAGCCGCACAGCCUGUGGUUUUGACUUUUGUGUGUUAUGUUUGUGUGCUUAUCAUGGGUCUGAAGAAUGUAGUAGAGGAGGAGCAAAGCCAAGAAAUAGAAAAGAUGCUCUCCCAGGAAGUGCCCAGAGUAAGCGGAAUUUAAAACGCCUCUGAAGAGACUAAAUAUAGAAGAACUCCCCCAUGCAGUUUUCUAUUUAUCUGACUUAAAAUUAUGAAUAUUUUGAAUACAUGCAAAUCUUCCCAUUAAUGACAGGUGAUGAUUAAUUUCCUAUUUUGUAUAUAUUAUAAUCCAUUUCAUUGUAUGUUUUCUUUAAAGUUAGUUUUGAAAAAAUUUUAUUUUACUUUGUCAUUUUACCCAUUUUAAUAACUUGGUAUUUUAAAUAAAGAAUUUUCAUUGUUGU